AUGUCUCAGCUUUUUAUACCGUCGUCGCCCGAUCAGAAAUCCCCUCCGCCAAGUUCUCAAUAUGUUGAUUCUAAUUUGAAGUUCUCAGCGUCGACCAUUCAAGUGGCUCAUAUGGCUGAAAUCUUGGGUGCAAUCACGUCUAUCCAUCAUCAGGCACUAAUUAUCAUCAACGACUCAGGAAUUACCCUAUAUUCCGAGUACAACCAUAUCCUUAAUGCUCAGUUAACAAUCGACGCGUCGUUUUUUUCUGUAUUUGAGAUUACUGGUGGCGAAGACACCUCUGGAUCAAAUCGAGAACUACGCUUGGGUGUAGAUGUUCUGCUCAUAAGUGAUUCUUUUGCUGCCGCUGCUUCCACGGCUUCGGCACCAAGAGGCAAAUACGGAAACGGAUCGUCUACGGAGACAGUAGUUUGCUACAUGAAGUAUGAGGGAGAAGGAAGUCCAUUGAUCAUAGAAUUCGAAGAUCGUUUGAUGAGCGAGCAAAUCGAGUUUGCUACAUUUUUCAUCGAGACCGAAUACCCUUAUGACACCUUGACGCUGCAGCAGAAGGCAGAAGACCAUGUGCUUCUAAUCGAUCGUGAUCUUAUUCAGUUUGAGGUGAUUCUCAAAGGAGAUUUGCUCUCGAAUUUGUUACAGGAUCUACAAAACCUCAAUACCCAAGAAUUAUAUAUGCAAGUAUCAAACCAAGCAAAAAGAGGUACAGUGACGCAGCACAAUGAACUCAAUUUCAUCUCCAAGGGCUCGAUCGGAUACCUGAAGCUUAUAUUCCCGAACGGGAAAACAAUGUUGGAGAAACUAGAAAUCUUCCAGCAAGAAAACGGCAAAGUGGUACCAAUUAAAAGCACAGUACUAUCGUGUUUCAAUUUCCUGCCUCUUGCAAAAACACUCAGGGCGGUGAAAAUGUCUUCCAAGUGUAAAAUAAUGAAAGAUUCAUCUGGAGUUCUCUCUUUGCAAUUAUUGUGCAAAAAGCCUACAAGCUCAAAUUAUCCGGGAACUCUCAUCACAUUCAAUAUGCUAGAAACUGCGGUCAACACGAAUGAUGUAGGACAGCAAGUGAAUGUGGAUGUCGAUGACAUAUUCGAUGACCAGCUCUACAGAUACAUAAAACAAGUCGAACCUUCGGGAUCGAGAGCUGAAAUAGAAUCCAGAAUCCCAGACUCUGACGAAAAUGCUGUUGUUGAAUUGCUGGCAGAUUCACGGCAACCGUUUUCGUAUGCAUCUUUCAAGAGACCUCGGAUUAGUCAUGGCCCAGAAGAGGGAACUUCCAAGUCAAGGAAGCCGGAGAUUCAAGACGAUGAACUUGCUGGAGACGUCACCACAGUGGGAGGUGCCAUUGAGAUACCUCUUUUCCUAUAA